ACGCUUCUUGCAUGAGGGGCUUUGUCUGACCGAGGUCUGUUUCCUUAAACCCCCUCCCCAGCCCCCCAAAUUAGGCAUGUUUGUGUUAUUUGGAAGUAUGUCCUAGAUGCCAGGCCUAGAUAUCAGAGUCGCCUUCACUGACAGCAGGAGCCGCAGGAGCACACCAGGACACUCCGGGGCUGGAAAUGGUACGUUCGGCCUGUGACUUAGAUGUGGGCAGGAUGCUGCGGCAGCAGACGGAGACCGCAAUGGGAGCAGGUCUUGCAAGACAGCUGAGUCUGCAGCGGAGUCUCAUCUGGCUCCGCUGGGUCUUGCCGCUCCGAUUCCGCUGGGUGGAGCUGGUCCAUCAGACAGAGCGGUGGUCUCUUCCUCUCUGAGCGCUCAGCGCUGCAGCGUCUGGGGUCAGCUGGGCUUCUCCACCAAGGUCUCGGGAGGAUCCUGAGGAGCCAACUCUGGGAGUUGGAUUGGGACUCUUCUACGGGGGAUGAAGGUGGAGCUGCGUGGAUGAUGAAGGAGUCAGUGAGCUUUGAGGAUGUGGCUGUGAAGUUCACGCAGGAGGAGUGGGCUGUGCUGGAUCCAUCCCAGAAGAAGCUGUACAAAGAUGUGAUGCAGGAAACCCUGAAGAACCUGGCUUCCAUAGGAAACAAGUCGGGCAAACAGAAGGUUAUAAAUGAGUAUGGAAAACUAUGGAGAAAACUAAGCAGCCACCUGGCGGGGAAAUUCAGUGACUAUAAUGAAAAUCAUCAGUGUGCAGACAUCUUCAACUGCAGUCCAGGGCACUCUGUGAGCCUGCAAUCUUGUCCAGGACGUGCUACAUUUGAAAAGAAUCUCUGUGAAGAAGGUAGAAUUGGCCAUUCAUCUCUGGGUGUGCCAUUGAACCAUCUGGUAGGACCUUAUGAAGACCAAGAACAUGGACAGCCAUUGUAUAAACAUAAGGAGUUUGAGAGCAGCUCCAAUUCUCUGUCCCUUCAGAUGCAUACAAACACUCACACCGGAGAGAAACCUUCCAAAAAUAAGGGCUUUGAGGAAGACCUUCCUUGUGUCAGAUCUGGCCAAACGUAUAAACAAAAUGACUAUUCAAAGAAGUCUUAUGUGCACAGGCCAUGUGGGAAAGGCUUCACGCAUCCCAGUCCUUUACAAAGGCAUGAGAAGAGUCACAGCGUUAAGAAGCCCUAUGUAUGUGAACUGUGUGGCAAAGGCUUUGCUCGGUUUGGUAACCUUUUAAGGCAUCAGAGAACUGACACAGGUGAGAAGAUUUUUCUGCCUGGUCAUUAUGCAAGAACUCUUCCUCGUUCUGCUUGCCUUAGAAGAAGAACGAGUGUCCGCAAUGGCGAGAAACCCUAUGUAUGUGAACAGUGUGGGAAGACGUUUCUUGAUUCUACCUACUUUAGAAUACACAGGAGGAUUCACACUGGUGUGAAACCCUAUGUCUGUAAGCAGUGUGGGAAGGCCUUCACUGCUUCUCGGUACCUCAGAUCGCACGAACUAACGCACACUCGGGAAAAGUCUUAUGUGUGCGAGCUCUGUGGGGGCGCCUUCACAUUUUGGUAUCAGUUUCAAAAGCACAAGGUAGCUCACAGUGGUGUGAAUCCUUACGUUUGUAAGCAGUGUGGAAAGGGCUUUCCUUAUUCCAGUUCCCUAAAAACACAUGAGCGAAUUCACACUGGUCAGAAGCCCUAUGUGUGUAAGCACUGUGGGAAAACCUUUGGUAGUUCCGGGAACCUUAAAAGACAUGGAAGUACUCACACUGGUGAGAGACUCUACAUUUGCAAGCAGUGUGGGAAGUCAUUCAACAAUCACAGUUCCUUUCAGUUCCACAAUCGAAUGCAUACUGGAGCGAAUCCCUACAAGUGUAAGCAGUGUGGGAAGGAUCUAGCUUCUUCCUCCUCCCUUCAGAGCCACGAAAGGAAUCACUCUGGAGAGAAGCCCUACGCGUGUUUGCAAUGCGGGAAAGCUUUCAGUUCAGACAGCUCUCUUCGGAAACAUAAAAUAAUGCAUAGUGAAGAAAAACCCUACGUAUGUAAGCACUGCGGGAAAUCUUUUCGUCGCUUUUUUGAGGUUCGGGUACAUGAGCGAAUCCACAGUAGUGAGAGACCCUAUGAAUGUGAGACGUGCGGGAGAGGCUUUUUGAGUUCAACUCAUUUACGAAGGCAUGUACCAAUUCAUAGUAGAGCAGAAAAGGAUGCUAGUAAAUAACAUGAGAAACUCUGUGGUAGUUCUCACUAAGUCAAACUGCAUGAAGUAGGUUAUUGCUAGCAAUGUGGGGAAGUGUCAGACAAAUUUGAGAAGACCAUAUACUUUUGAAUUGAUGUAGGUAUUACUACUAGAAAUUCUCUUCUAAUAUAUGGGAGCAGACACUGGAGAAAUGCUGCAAGCCACGUGAUGAAAUCCUCAGCGUUCUUUUCAUUGUGGAGAAGAUGUGAAAUAGCUCACACUGGAGAAAAACCUUAUGCAGGCCAUGUGGAAAGCCCUUAGUUCUCAGGGGGCCCUCGAGACAUGGUAGUUGUCAUUCAGAGAGAAAUCCUUCAUAUAUAAUGUGGUGAUUUGAAUAAGGAUGCUCCAAAUAUGCUUAUAUAUUUGAAUGUUUAUUAACCAGGGAGUGGAAUUGUUUUGAAAGGCUUAUAAGAAUUAAAAGGCAUGGCCUUUUUUAGAGUAGAUGUGAACUUUUCAGAGGUGUGAGGUGUAAGACUUGGCGGUGGACUUGGAGGUUUCAAAAGCCUGUGCAAGAUCCAGUUUCUCGGUCUUUGUGUCUGUUUUUGUGGAUCAGGAUGUAGCUCUCAGCGACUGCGUAAGUUCCCAGACAUGAUGCUAAUGGUCUGCAUCUCUGAAACUGUAAGCAAGCCCCCAAUUAAAUGCCUUCUCUUGUAAGUGUUCCUUUGUCAUGGUGUCUCUUCACAGCAAUAGAACAGUGUCUAAGACAUAGAAUCUUACACAACUUUCAGUCAUCUUAAGGAGACAUGAAAUAACUCACUGUGGGGUAGCCUAACCUACAGGAUUUGUAAAGUCUCCAUUAUUACUUUGUUAGUACUUCAAAAGGAUGCAUCGAGAAAACCCCUAGCAUUGGAAAGCAUGUGGGGAGAUUUCUGGAUUCAACUCAAAAAUUAAGAAAUAGCAAAGUUUGAGAAACAAGUUUGAUUAAAAGAGAUACUUGAUUUUGGUCAGACAGUCUCAUCCACCAAGUCUGUGUGCCCCCUCUGGUGAAGUUGUCCCCAGGUGUGGUGGCUCAGGCAUGUGUCCUACUUGGGAAGCUUGUGAGAAGGAUUCCAAGUUUCAGAGCUGUCUGGGUGUAUUGAGGUCCUGGUAUUCCCAGGGAAACUGGGCUCCCCUUUGGGGGAUUGUAUCCUGAUAAUAAUAAGUGAGCCCAGAGGAAAUCUCAAGGACUGUUUUAGAAAGUUUGAGUCAAAAACCACAUACCAGGCAAGCUAUAGGCAAACUAUAGGUCUUGAAGGAAGUGUGUUCUAGUGUCUCCUCCUACUCUUUUCCCUUCCUCCUAGCCCCGUCUCCCUCUUUAACUUCGUAAAUUUUUAUUUCACAAAUGUGAGUGUUUUGCCUGCAUCUGUAUCUGUUCUGUGUAUGUGUACCUGGUGCCCAAUGAGGCCAGAAGACAGCAUUGAACCCCCAGGAAGUGGAGUUACAGAUGGUUUGAACCUCCAUGUUGGGAUGUUGGGAGUUAACGCCAGGGACUCUGAAACGCCAGUGCUCCUGACCACUAAGCCACGUCUCCAGGCAAACAACUAGCUAACAACUGCCAGAUAACUUGGUUUGUGCUAUGUAGCCCAGGCAGGAUGUUCUCACACUCACUGCAAUGCUCAUGCCUUAUUCUGUCAUCACCGUGUGAAGUAGUAUUUUGACAGGAAGUAUAUCUGUUUUCAUUUUCAAAAAUUACAUAGCUAAAAAUACUCAAUUGCCCAUUUACUGCAUGUUAAGCAAGCACUUUCCCUUAUAUACGUGUCUAGUCUUCGUGGUUAGAUAGGUGAAUAUAGACACCGUUUGCUCCAUCUUACUACAUAUUAUUAGUUUCUGACAGUGCCCCUGCCUAAGAGCAGCUUCAGUAUAUUUGACCACAACUAGGCGUUCUAACCAUAAAGAGACACAGAUACCAAGAUGCCGCUGCAGGUUGACUUGGUGAGCUCUUUGACUAUUGGGUAGUCUGGGGUGACCUCCUUCCUGGAAAGGUGGAAGCUUUUUGAAGCCAUCCACGCCUACAAUUUAGUCUGUGGCAGUUACAUUAGGUGCAUGAUUUAGUGGGUGAGUAUGGCUGUGAUAAACACCACAAGCCAAACGAGUGGGGAGACAGGGUUCAUCUGGCUUUAUACUUCAAAAUCACAGUGCAUCAUCAAAGGGAGUCGGGACAGGAACUCAGACAGGGCAGGAAGCUGGAGGCUGAUGCAGAGGCUACGGAGGGGAGCUGCUUACUACUGCUUGCUCACACUGCCUUGUUCAACCUGCUUUCUUACAGAAUCCAGGACCACCAGCCCAGGGAUAGCACCAUCUAUAAUGGACUGGGCCCUCCCCCCAUCAGUCACAAAUCGAGAAAAUGCUCUACAGCCUUGCGUUCAGCCCGGUUUUGAAGCAUUUUCUCAAUGUUGGUUCCCUCUUCUCAAAUGACUCUAGCCUGUGUCAAGUUGUCACAAGUAACCAGUACAGUGCAGGAGCCCACGAAAGGAAAACUAGACAGCAGGGCCUGUGUAUGACUCGCCAACCUGUCAAGACCAGCUUUGUUUCCCAAAUGUGCUCAGGUUGGCAAUCUCAUACCCAGAAUCAAGCCUUCCUGUUUAUUUUUUCAGUGUCCUUCACCUCACCAUAGUCAACAUUUUAAAACAUUUUUAUUUUUAUAUAUUUAUGUAUAGGUAUGACACAUUUUCAAUUUUUUUAUACUUAUAUGUGUGAGUAUGGACAUGUGUGACGGUAACCCGAGUCCAGAAAGCCAUUAGAUGCCUUAUGAGUAUUGCUUCUCAACCUGUGGGUUGGUGGCCUUUUAACAACCCUCCUUCUCAACAAAAAAAUGUACAUUAUGAUUCAUAACAGCAGCAUCACAGUUAUGAACUAGCAACAAAAACAAUGUAAUGGUUUGAGUUGCCAAAUGAACUAUAUUAAAGGGUCACCGCAUUGGGAAGGUUGAAAACCACUUACUACCUUAGAGCAAGCUGGUAGUUGUGAGCUGCCAGGGGUGCUGGGAACUGAAGUCUGGUCCUGCCCAAGAGCAGAAGGUGCUCUUAAUCACCAAGCUACGUUCCCAGCUCCUCAGCCCAAUAUCUUUUUUUUUAAAUAUUUUUAAAGAUUCAUUUAUUUAUUAUAUGUAAGUACACUGUAGCUGUCCUCAUACAAUCCAGAAGAGGGAGUCAGAUCUUGUUAUGGGUGGUUGUGAGCUACCAUGUGGUUGCUGGGAUUUAAACCCCGGACCUUCAGAAGAGCAGUCGGGUGCUCUUACCCACUGAGCCACCUCACCAGCCCUCAGCCCAAUAUCUUAACAUUCGCAUUAACCCCAGCACUUGUUUUCACCACAACAAAGAGAAACAUCUGUACAGCAGCAUGGAUGGCAAACGUGGUUCUAUUGGAAGCCUCUGGGAGCACUGCUCUCACAAUUCAGACCCACACACAGUCCUGCACGUGUAAACGCAAUUAAAAAGAAAUACUUCAGAAAGACA